CUUGCAUGGCCCCCAACAAAGUGGCCAAAUUCCAGUGGGCGGCUUGGCUGUACCAAAAUAACAGAAUCCCGUAUUUCCCGCCGUGUGCCGCGGAGAUUUCCAAAAGCUUCCGCCAACGUUCUCUGCUAAACCUUUCCGCCAAAGGACCCCAAACCAACACCUGUGGCCUUUAUUUUCCGCGGCAUGCGUGUGCAUCGUACAGAACCGGCAUUCUUCGAGCCACCACAACCUCACGGCAAAGGCAAAGACGAAUAAUAGCGCAGAGCCGAAUUAUUACCCAGGAUGGACGGGCCAAAGACCAGUCGCAGCGCCAGAUGGGGAGCGGCCUGCGCUCCGUGUGCGGCAGCAAAGGCACGCUGCAUUCGCACCCAGUCUCCUGCUCUACCAUGUGAUCGAUGCCGAAGCUUGGAGAAACACUGCUCGGAUCAAAUUCCCAGACCAAGGAAGAAGAGACAGGCGGCAGUAUCCUCGUGAGCAUUCAUGUUGGACCCUCUGUUGCAUCUGCCUGACCAGUGCCUGACCAGUGCCAGUUUUGACACAAGAACGGCUAUGCCCGAGGAGGCAUUCAGUAAUCUGAUCGGCUCGUUGAGGACGCCGGGGGGGGAGAGCUCGACUGCACAUGACAGUUCGCCCACUAGCAGUCCGGAUCACCUCGCAAACAACCAUUCCGCAUCGUCGAUUAGCACCGAACCUCAAGCUCAAGACACGCUAAGCCGGGAAGAAACCGCAGCUGCUCUGCACACCCCGCCGUACGACUUCGCCUCUGGCACACCAGCGCGUCCCGCAUGCACCUGCAUGGCAGCAGUCGGCAAAGACGACCUUGUCCCCGUAGAGUCCGACGAGACUUUGCUGUCCAUCUACAGGAACCAGCUGUCCAGCCGGCUGCCCUUUGUCAUCAUUCCGGCUGGCACAACGGCGAGGCAACUGCAGGCAACUCGUCCACUUCUCAUGAAGGUGAUCAGAAUGGUGGCGUCCGUCCGCCACCUGCGGCUGAUGAGGGGGCAGAGCCGCGCCGUCGUGGAACAAAUCUCUCAGGCCAUACUCGUGAGAUCUGAGCGCUCGUUGGAUCUCCUCCAAGGCAUUCUGGUCUUCCUCGGGUCCUACCACUACCACUGCAUGACUCAUGCGCAGUUCAAUAAUCUGACUCGUCUAGCAGUCAGCCUGGUAGAGGAGAUGGAUUUGACUACAUGCCCCGAGUCUCAACAAAGGAGGAGUCAGCUGCCUUUGCUACGCGCCGAGGAUCCCAUGUCUAGAACGAACGACGAGAGAAGGGCACUACUUGGCGUCUGGUACAUGAGUUCAAACGCUGGCCUGGUCGUGAACCAGCUAGCAGUCGCAAAAUAUACUAAAUAUCUGGACCAAUGCCUCACCGAGCUCGAGGAUGCUGGAGAAUACAAGACAGAUCAACUUGCCGUACAGCUGGUCCGCAUCCAGCGGCUCACCGAGGAAAUUUGCCACUUUCACAGUAGGGGUUCCUGGAUGGACGAACAGCUGGGAGAUUCACCCGAAGCUUCGACGACAGCGUGUCUGGAGGCGUUCCGAGUCGAGCUAGACAGGCUCCGGAACACACUACCCCCGAAACUCAAAUCUGACUACCUUCUGUCUUGCUAUUACCACAGCGCCCACCUCAGGAUCUUUGAGCCUCUACUGGCAGGUUCGCACCUCCCAGAUGCUGAGUCUCGGUCCUUCGCCUCGCUCUCGCUCUCGGGCGUGCUGAUAUCCGACGUCUUUUCACGCUUCACUGCCGCGCUCAAGGCCUGGCUCGACAACUGGCUUGCCAUCCCGGUCUGCUCCUACUUCUACAUGCCUCAGCCCGCUUACGCCCAGUUGGUGCACGCCGCCACGAUGAUCUCUCGCUGGACCAGAGUAGCCGGCCCGAGCGCGGUCGAGCUUUCCAGUGCCGCCGGCAUCGCCGUGUCCGCGUCCCAGAGAGAAUCCGUGACGCUUCCUUGGGAACCAACGCCGGCUCUCAGCGGCGUGCCUCCAUGCCCAGAUUUGAUGAGCUUGUCGAGGCCUCCCGCCUCAGCAGCAUCCUCCGCCCAAGUCGUGUCCGCCCAAGUCGUGUCCGCCCAGAUAGUCAACACGCUCAGGGCCCAGGUCGCAGCGCAGCCCAAUCUCCAGGUUGAUAUCUGCGGCAUCUUGGACACCAUGGCAGCUCGUUUCAAGGCUGCAAAGGACGAGAUGGCCGCGGCGCAGGGCGUGGACUGGGAGAACGAUACGUGGGACCUUGCUGCAGAACAUUUGAAGAUGAAGAAGGCCAGGGUCGAGAAAUGGCGUGACAUGGUCGCCAUGGGCACAGCGGCAGGUGAGGGGAGGAGCCCGCUGACCACCAAUGCCUAUGACACCAGCGUUUAUGAAGGGGAUCGAGAGACGAUGGAUGUGUCGGCAGGGCGGAGCGCCAACGGUUUCGACUGGCUGACGUCAGGCGGCUAUGAACAGGACGAUUUGCAGUGGGAGAGUGCCAUGUUUGACGAAAUCUUGCGGGACAUUCAUCCUGCAGCUGUCUUCAAGUCUCCGGUCGACUACAUGCCGCUUGACAUGGGAUUUGUGGGCGGACUUAACACGGAAGUUGACGUGUAGAACUAGAGUCUUUAUCGAGCGUCCGGACUUGGGAGUAAAAGCCCCGCCCGGUGCGGAACGUUCCAGGGCAUAAGCAGAGGCCGCGCGUCGCGCGUCGCGCGUCACUGUCGCGGGUUGUCUCGCGUGAAUUCCGCGGAGAUUUCGAGGCCGAGAGAGCAGGUACCUAUUUAUAACCCCGCUUUGGAGGUACAAUCUCACGAUCUAGUAAUUGCAUCCCAUCUCUACCAAC